AUAAUCGCCUAGCGCGUGAUUCAAUUCAAACGAAGUGGCCGGUUGGUGGUGGUUACGUCGUGUUUUCAAAGGGGAUCGGCUGCUGCUGCUGCUGGUAUCGCUAGUCAAGCAGAGCUGCAAGACAGAGUUACAUUGGCAGAAGAAAACUUUAAAAAAUGGAGGACAAAGAAAAUGCUCACGGCUGUACAUGGAACCAAACUGACACUACUCUGGAACAAAAUGUAGCUUCUCCAAACAUCUCAAAGUCACCCACUGUACUGAAGCAAAUUAGUGCCGUUACAAACUGUAACCCUCUAUCUAGUUCUACAGCAAUUAUUUCUAAGUCUUCUGAAACUAAAACAAAGAACAUGUCAUUUAAUCAGACCCUCCUGCUCAAACAAAAUACAAAAGAGAAACAGUUGAAAACACCUGCACUCAAUUCUGGUGCAUGCCUUUCAGAGAGGCGAGUACUCGGCUCAUAUCGUGGUAAGAUUGUGUCAUCGAAGAUAAACUCUUUCAGAAAAACGAUGGAAAAUCAGGGCAGUAGGAACUCUUGGGCUGUUCCUCCUAAGUCGGCAGGGAAGAUGGGAUCCAUAAGUGGUAGUGCAGGAGAUGCCAAAGUCACCAGUACAGGAUGUCCUUCAAAGCCUGCAGGUAGUACCUCACAGAUCAAGCCUACCGUGAGAGUGUCUGUUAGCAACCCCAAGCCCAUUUUGAGUUAUGAGAAACAAUCUGCUACAUCCGUGAAUAAGGCGGCAGCUCAAAGAAAACCUGACAAGAGUUCAAAACCACUGUUGGUUCCAUCUUGUGCUAACAUUUCUGCCCAUAAACCAAAGAAACCUCUUCUGCCUAAAAGUGGAACAGGAAGUUUAUUAGAACCUGUUUCUGAUCCUCAUGGUACUGUGUCGGCUUCCAAACCGCUUGACCAUCGGAAAACUGCUCUGGCAAAAUCAGCAGAAAUGAGAAGAUCUCAAGUAGCUGAAAGGCGAGCAUCAAAAAUGAUUAAGAAGCCACCUGCUUCGGUAUCUGCAGACAGACGACCUGAAACAGAAACGCUUCAGCAAAAUACGAAUAAACGAGUUGAAUCCUUCUGGGCUGCUAUAGCAGAAGAAGAUGAGCAAAGUCUAGUGAAUGAUGGAGUUAAGAAGACUCUUGCAGAAUGCCUGUCCUUAAUUGAAAAGGGUUUUCCUGGUGAUACAGUUCAUUCCACCUUGGAAAAACUAAUCCUAAAAGUGCCAGAUGCAAAAAAGCUUGCCAAGUAUUGGGUGUGCCAGAUGCGCCUUGAGCAGUGUCGUUCCACAGAAAAGGUCCUUAGCAUCUAUGGAAAUGCCAUUCUCGCAGGAGCACAGCCAAAGGAUGAGUUACGUCAUGCAUUAGUAGAUGCUAUGAAGAGUACAAGAAAUGAAACAAAAUCUGAUGAGGAAUGCUUGAAAAAUAACAUCACUCAAAAUCAUGAGGCAGAAGUUUAUAAUAAAGAUGAAGUGAAGAUAGGAAAAGCUCUCAACAAAGUCUCCUUUGAGAAAAUUGUAAACUCUAACAAUGAAGAGGCUUCUCAAAAAGCAACAGAAACUUGUGUGGAAUCUGAACAAGGAGGAUUUCAACCUGAAAAAAAGUUAAGAAAUGAACACAGCCGGAAGUCCACAGUUCUUAAAAAAGAAGAGCAGAGUGUUGGCAAUGAAGAGGAAAUCCUAGCAUUUAAAACUCCUGAAAAUGUCAAAAGGGGCUCAUACAUUAAGUAUAAUCUGUCAACUACUCCUUACUUGGGAAGUGCAAAGAAAAAACUUCAGAGUGAAACUAAUGAUUCUGCAGUUAAAGACCUGAAAUUCCUCACACCAGUGAGACGUUCUCGCCGUAUAAAAAACAAGGAAUCCAAGUUACCAAAUAUAUUGAAAGACCACAACCUUUGUGUUUCUUCACUUGAACAGCUUGGAGAACUGGGCGAUGAUGGCAUUGGUUUCAUCUACAGACAAAACAGUGCUCUGUAGAAAUUAUCUCAACCAGAGUAAACCAAAAAAGGGCAGUAUAGAAUGUUUUAAAUGUUAUUUGGAUCAAGGUUCUGUAUCUCAAUGCAGUUUUAAAAACUGAGUAGGCCAUAGGGAUGGCAAGCUUGUAAGUCUGUGUCUGGAAUUUAAAAAAAAUGUCUAACUGUAUAUUAAUAUUUUGUAUUAGUGAAAAGCAGAAUUAUUCCAAAAUAUAUCUUUUAAUAAUAAACGUUAAUAUCUUCAGCUUUA